AGUCCGGUGUUUUUUCUAUAAUUGGAUAUAAAAAUGGACAAGAGGAAAGUAAAUUUACCUUCAAAUGCUACUAACAAUUUAGUGACAAGUAAAAAUUACACAAAACGAGUGGGGUUACUGGAAAGAUUACAAAUAAAUGAAUGGACGUUUAGUUGUUUACUUUUCAUAAUAUCGUUAACUAUCGUUUUGGGAAAAUUAUAUAUAAAUUACGGAAGUACUUUGCAGCUGCAAAAUAAUUUUAAGUAUGUAACAUCGUCAACAUCUAUGUUUUCAAACAUAUCCAAUGUAUUUGAUCAGUCACAUAUACCUGAUGUGUCACAAUUCAAUGUAAAACAAUUAACAUCUAUGAGUGAAAAGUUUGUUAACAUUAGUCAAUACGAUGGUGUUGUAAGUGUAAUGACAUUGUUCUUUAAAACAUUUGGAUGGCUAAUAAGAGCAGCAGUAAGUGGUCUCAUUAUGAUGGGUUAUACUUGGUUUAUAAUUUACAAAGAUAGCAGUGUACCUGGAAUCAAUCCACCUUCUCCUUUUAACCCUUCCAAGCAAAGAUUUUCAAAGACAUCAAGGGUACAAAUGAAUUAUUUGAUUGGAAUACUAAAUGGAAUACUAAUUUUUGUCUUUAUGUGCCUUUAA